CCGAUCAAAAGUGGCGUAUUAUACGCAGAUAGGAUAAUCCGCAUCCAGUAAUCACUCCACAACAUAUCCUUUUCUCAUCAUCAACUCGAGACCGCUGGCGACCGCUCAGCCUUGACUCAUCGACACGAUACAGGGUCAUCAGCAGCGAAUUUUCUUUAGCGAUGAUAGGAGGAGCCCAUUCCUUGAGGAGUGCACUUGCAGCAGCGGUGCAACAUUGUUAGCCUCGUUAUGCAUAUGCUUUCGCUUGAUUGGAUUGUCUGCCUAUCUGACCUGCAUUUUGGUGCUCUGAGGCUAACGCUUUGCGAUCUAUGGUAGGCGGAUCGAGAGGUAGGUAUCGGAUAGGGAAAUGGAUAUAAGUCGUGGAAAACAUGUUCUGGUGAAUAAAUUGAUUUGAUUAUUUUUCGUUUCUUUGCAUUUUGUUAUAUAUUUGUGUUGGUAUUAACUGGGUGAAUUAUAUCACAGGUGGGAAAUUGAAUUGAAUUGAGCAAAGUUGAAUUGCAUUUCGAUUGAAUACUCAUUAUCGCGAGGUUUAUAUAUAUUGAAUCACGGAGUACAACAGGUCUGCAAUUGCAUUACAACGGACUACCUUAAGUAUAGGCGAAAACCACUCACUCAUACCAUCAUCAUAUCUCCAUACUCGACUGCUUUUUUACAAGUCUAGAAAUAGAAGGAAUCUCACAUUUACAACUCCGAAGAUGCCGCCAGAGUUAAAAAGUAAUCUUACAUGCAUCUCUUGCACCAACACAACAAAAGAUUGUCAGAAUGUAUUGAUGCAAGUCAUACUUGCGCUGGAGAAUGCAUCGGAGGUUUAUCAAAAAUUGGUACCUGUUCUGAGGAAAUCUCAUGCGAGACAUGCGUUGGGGUAUGAUGUAUAUGCGGUGGAGGGACAGUUGAGGAGGGCGUUACAGAGAUUGUAUAAGGUUGAUGUUGCUGAGGAGGAAGGAAGAGAAAUCUUAAGUAGCUUGGUGGGGGAAGACAGGAGUGAGGGGUUGGGGAACUUGCCUCUUUUUAAGGUGGUUAAUGAUGCAAAGACAAAGAAGUGUAGUGAAAUGGAGGAAACCGUGAGGGGAGAAAGCGGAAUGAAUUUUCCAAUUUUGAAACUCGAUGCGGGAUUUUCCGAUGUCAAGGUUCCGUUUAUGGAUUCGGCGGUCGAGGUCAGAAGCCCAGGGUUUUUUGAGGACGUCCUUUUGGAUGAUGAUGUUAUGGCUAUUGCGGAAGAUGACUGUGAGCAAAACGAGAUUAAUACAGAAAGUUGUAUGGAAUUAACACCCGUGCCGACUCAUCUCACUCCUGAAAUUCCUUACCUGCUAAAAGCUAUUCGUCUAUGGUUAGAAGAAUUCUUCGAAUCAAAAGACGAUUCUAUAGGUAUUCCAGCAUCGGUGGUAUGUCAACUUUCUGAGUUUGAGGCGGCUUUCAAACUGGAGAGAUUACCAACAACAAGCUGUAUAUGGAAUCCCGAUUAUCAAAGACAACGAAAGGAGGUAUGGACAAUCACAUCAUUUUGGGGACCCAAUCAACGAUCGAAAUGCAUAUGUAUACCUGACGAACUUGAUGAGAAAACUUUGAUACAUUCGAAUGAUUCUUUCUGUCCAAAGAAUAUGCCCGCGGAUUUGGAUUCGCUAUCAAGAAAUUAUGAAUGGGAUUACAGGGCCCAUCGAUGGCUUAUUCGUCGGGGACCUGGUUGCAGAAAAGGUGGGCCAGCACCACCUCCUGAAUACUCUAACCAUGACGAUAGUACAUCUGAUGCCGGAUCAGAUUCGGAUUCAGAUGGGGAAGAAGCAAUUGCCGAGAGAAUUAAACGGUGUGAAAGGGAGAGAGUGGAAGAAGGAGAAAAAGCCUGGGAGGAAAUCAUGGCUAUGACCGGUUUGAAGAAAGUAAAAGAGCAUGUGAGGAAAUUUAAAGCCAAAGUUGAGAGUUCGAUUCGGCAAAAAAUCGAUCUGAAGGAAGAGAGGUUUGGCGCAGUUUUUAUGGGGAAUUCAGGGACUGGGAAAACGACCAUGGCUAGGAUCUAUACGAGAUUUUUGUAUUCGAUGGGAAUCAUUAAAAGAGAUGAUAUUCUCAUGACGACAGGUACAUAUCUUUCAGAUGGAGGUAUUGAAAGAACGAAACGAUACGUUGAUAAGAUAGCUGAUGGUGGUGUUAUGUUCAUCGACGAUGCAAUGACUUUAGAUGAUUAUAGCAACGGCGGCAAGAUUCUCGAUUUUCUGUUCCAGGAAAUCGAUCAGAAGAAAGGAUCUGCAGUUUUCAUUCUCGCGGGACACGAGAAAGGAAUGCGUAAACUGUUAGGUCAUGGAACAAAGAGUGUUGCCAGCCUGCUUCCCAAUGUUCUCAUAUUCGACGAUUUUACAGAGCCGGAAUUACUUGAGAUUCUCAAUUCGUGUAUCAAGAGGAAAUUUGAUGGGAAGAUGGAGGUUGAGGGUGGUAAUGAUGGAAUUUAUAUGCGAAUUGCUGCGAGGAGAGUUAGUAGGUCGAGAGGGGGCUCCCAGUUUGGUAAUGCGAGAGCUGUGGAAAAUCUUGUGGCUCAGAUCUGGGAGAGACAGUCUGCUAGAUUGUCUAAGAUUCGGCAAGAGAGAGCUGCUAAAGCUGUGGAAGAAGAAGCUGCAAAGGAGAAAGAAGAUGAAGAGAAGACAGGUGAAGAGAAAACAAGUGAAGAGAAGACAACCGAGGAGAGUACUACUGGCGAACAGACCGCCGGAGAAAAGCCGCAAGAGGAACCUCUGAUAGGAGCAAACUCUGAGACAGAACAGAAGUCUGACACUGAAGAGAAUGUAGGUCAGGAAGCAAGUCAGGGAGACAGUAUAGAAGCAUCUAUUGGUUCAAACGUUGUUGUUUCGAAGGAAGUCAACGAUGUACGGAAAGAUGAUAAAGCGGCCAAGAGCGAGGAGACAAAGGAAGAAACUGGAAAAUCGCUGCGCGAGAGAUAUACUAAAGCGGAAGUAUUGAAAAUUCCAGCCAGCAAUACUCUUGGGAGCGAAACAAAAUCGAAGGAAAAGCCUAUUGUCGUAAUGGUUCCAGAACCAGCGGAAGCACAGAAACCCAUAGAUGCAAGUUUCAUAGAAGAGGUCAAACCAGAAGAGCCAAAAUCGGACAAAGAUACACCCUCGUGUACAAAAGACAAGAUAGUGGUGGAUGAGCAGGCAUCCUUGAAAGAAACAUCCCCAACGGACGUGCAAAUCGACAAACAACUGGAGACAAAGGAUGGAGAACCCUUGAAAGUCGAAAAUAGCAAUGAAAGUAAAGCUGAGGAGGACGAAAUCUCCAAAGAGGACAAGUCGGCUGAUGGAGCACAAGAUUCGACCGACAAAGAUUCAGACUCGGGAUCUGACACAGAAGAAACCCCAGCAAUAGAUCCAGAAGAUCUCUUAUUUACAAAAGAAGAUAUCCUCGGUCCAGAUCCUUCUUCUGCAAUUCUAAACAGCGAGGCUUGGCAGGAACUUCAAAAGCUCAUCGGUCUGGAAAAGGUUAAGACGUCUCUGCUUACACUCCUUGAGCUUGUGAAGUCAAAUUACCAGCGAGAGCUGGAAGAAAAGCCUCUACAUCAAUUUACUCUGAAUCGCUUAUUCUUGGGUCCAGCUGGAACUGGCAAAACAGUGGUUGCGAAGUUGUAUGCUAAGAUUCUUGGUGAGAUCGGUGUUCUCUCGAAAGGCGAAGUGAUUUUCCGUAACCCAAGUGAUUUGAUCGGACAAUACAUUGGAGAUUCUGAAGCCAAUACUAAAGCUACGCUUAAUGCCGCGAGAGGCAAUGUUUUGGUCAUCGAUGAAGCAUACAUGUUGUACAGUGGAAAUUCCGACGGCACUGGAAAUGAGAGCGAUUCAUACAGACAAGGAGUCAUCGAUACGCUAGUCGCAGAAGUGCAAGGAAAUCCUGGCGAUGAUCUAUGCGUUCUCUUACUAGGAUAUAAGGAGCCGAUGCUGGAGAUGCUUAAUCACUCGAAUCCCGGAUUGAGUCGACGAUUCCCUAUCGAAAGUGCUUUUUGCUUCGAGAACUUUUCGAUUGAUGAACUUGAGAAAAUCAUCCGUUCGAAGUUAGAAUUCCAUGUUCUUGAAGCUACAGAAGAAGCUGUCAAGGUUGCUAUGGAUGUACUCCAAAAAGCUCGAACGAGAUUAAACUUUGGUAAUGGUGGAGAAGUGGAGAAUCUGAUUGCAACUGCGAGAACCAAUUACCAAUUGAGGAUAUCGAAAACUCCAGUGGAAGAAAGAUCUGCUAUUUGUGUAUUCCAACCGGGGGACUUUGAUCCUGAAUAUGAUAGGGGCAGCUCGGCGAAUGAGAAUCUUCAAAAGCUUUUCGCCGAUGUCAUUGGGUGUGAGAAUAUCGUUGGACAGUUGGGUCAAUACCAGAACGUUUGCAAAGCCAUGAAAUUCAGAAACAUAGAUCCAAGACAGUACAUCCCGACGAAUUUCGUCUUCAAGGGACCACCAGGAACCGGCAAAACGACUACAGCACGAAAAUUCGCAAAAGUAUAUUACGACAUGGGAUUUCUCUCUGACGAAACAGUCAUCGAGUGCUCAGCCAGCGACCUUAUUGGCAAAUACGUUGGACAUUCAGGACCAAAAACAGCAAAAGUUCUAGAGAAGGCUCUAGGAAAAGUUCUGUUCAUCGAUGAAGCGUAUCGUCUAGCACCCCAUACAGAAAGCCACAGUUUCACAUCCGAAGUCGUCUCCGAACUCGUUGAUCUCCUCACCAAACCCAAGUUCCACGGAAACUUAAUUGUGAUUCUCGCUGGUUACGAGGACGAAAUCAAUUCACUAUUAUCAGCGAAUCCAGGACUCGCAUCGCGAUUCCCAGACGAAAUGAAUUUCCCUGCUUUGACACCUCUGCAUUGUUUGCAGAUUUUGGAAAUCAAAUUAGGGCUUGCGGGGAUUGCGAUUCCGAUACUAAAGCAAACUGAACAGAGAGAGUAUGAGCAAUUACUACGAGUGAUGACGUUUUUGACAGCAACGCAUAGCUGGGGUAAUGCGAGAGAUGUGGAGACAUUAGCAAAGGCGAUUUGUAGAACUGUGUUUUUGGAGAUGGCGGUAGAAGGAGAGUUGGUUUGUACAGCGGAGAAUGCGACGGUGGCGAUAGAAGUUAUGUUGCAUGAGAGGAGACAGAGAGCGUUUACGGCUUUGCCGCCUCCUCGAUACGAAUAGAUAUGGGAGCUUUAAAUGGGAAAUGGGGGAGUAGGGGAACGGGAAAAUUGAGUCUGGGGGAUGAAUUUAUGGUUACAUUCUUUGGUGAUGGUGAUAAAUAGAUGGCUGAUGAAUAUGAUGUCGGAACGUACGAUCACGUGCUUAAGCGAAUCACAUGAUUCUUCACUUCCUUAUAAGGAAGAGAAGAAUCAUACCUUUAUACAGAUCAUCUCAACUAUAUUUAUUCAUUUUGUAU